UUUAAAUAAAUUGGAUGGUUAGUUGUACCCUGAACCUCUGGCUUUGACAACGUUCAACAUCUCCCAUCAUUAAAAAUGGGAGAGUUUCACAUCCUGUACUCACUGACGUCCUUUAUUGUCAAAAUAUACAAAUGGCUGGAGUUGAAUUUACUCAUAAUUUUUACUUCUCGCCUGGAAAGAAAGCUCAGAGGCACGUACAAAAAGCUGGGGGUUAAAUUUUCGGGGGCUGGAGUUACUGAACGGCUAAAUAACUCGGAGGAAAACUUGAAGAUCGCAAAGCAAAAUAAGAACACGCUUAUCUUGGAGGUUCAUGAUAAGCGUUUCUACUCUCGCAUAGCAAAUCAUGCUAGUCUGGGGAUGGGUGAGACCUACAUGGAUAAUUGGUGGGAUUGCGAUGAUGUUGUGGAAUUAUCAUACCGUAUUUUUAAGAGUGGAAUUUACCUAGAAUACUUAAACCCUUGGAAUAGAUUUCUAAACUAUAUCGAGCUUUCGUUUUUCAACCUUCAAAGCAAAGACAGAGCUUUUGAAGUGGGAAAAAAGCACUACGAUAUCGGAAAUGAUCUUUUCGAAUCCUUUCUCGACCCUUGGAUGACCUACAGUUGCGGAUACUGGGCCAACGCGACGACGCUGGCAGAAGCUCAGGUCAACAAAAUGGAGCUGAUCGCACAGAAGCUCAAGCUCAAACCAGGAAUGCGAGUUUUGGAUAUCGGGUGUGGUUGGGGUGGUCUGUGCAAAUAUCUCGCAGAAAAACAUGGCGUCGAAUGUGUCGGAAUCACAAUCUCGGAGGAAGGUGUGAAAUAUGCAAAGGCAAAAACGAAGGGACUUCCUGUAGACUUUCGACUCAUGGAUUAUCGAGAUAUGGACGAAAUAUUCGAUCGUGUGGUGAGUGUGGGGAUGAUGGAACACGUAGGAAAACACAAUUACCGGACUUUCUUUGAGGUUGUUCAUCGCUGUUUGUCUGAUGAUGGAAUCUUCCUUUUGCACACAAUUGGCAAUAAUCACCCAGAAAUGCCAGGAAUCGAACCUUUCUUCCACACCUAUAUUUUUCCUAAUGGGUAUCUCCCAUAUUACCGAGACAUCACCAAAGACACGGAGGGGCUCUACAUAAUGGAAGACUGGGAGAAUUUCGGGCAUGAUUACAGCAAGACUUUAAUUGCUUGGAAAGAAAAUUUCGACAAAAAUUGGCACAAAAUUGCACACAAAUAUGGAGAGCGGUUCUUCCGAAUGUGGACAUACUACCUACAAUUUUCUGCCGGUGCAUUCAAAUCACGAAAAUUUCAACUGUGGCAAAUUGUACUGUCCAAAACUAGUGGGUAUCCUGGCGGUUAUCGUUCUGUUCGGUAGAUCUACAACCUGUGUGCCAUACCAUUUUUGUGUAUACACAGUUUUGUGUAUGUAUAUUUAAACAAAUUUCCCAAAAAAACUUUCCAAGAGUGUAUUCCUACUUUUCCAUGUGCAUGUAUCAUUUGGCUGCAGCAAGUGUAUUUCCAAAUGACAAAACCAUGUUUAAAUUGAUUGUCUCAUACAUAAAUGAAUGAAUGCAAGGCUGGGUUUAUUUGUCAGGCAUUUCAUUGUUGUUGCAGAUCAGAAUACAUGACACACAUAUGUACCACACUUUGUAACAACCAAUUUCCUCACUUUCAACCAACUUAAAUGCUGUAUCAAACAAUUUGUUUAACUCAAUUAGGAUGAGAUAAGAUAUUAACAAGGAUAUUGUGCCAUUGUUUCAAGAUCAAACUUAUUCCAACAUUAUUUACAAUUACUUUUAAUAAUGGCAUGAAUCAUACGCAUGUGCAUGUAUUGUGAAACUAUGAUGUUGAUAUACACGAAUUUUAUGCAUAUUCACCUUUUAAAAUGCGUAUUUGUGAAUGAAAUUUGCCCGUUAAAUAAAUAGAGAAUAAAUACAUAUAAACAUACUUCUGUA